AUGUUACAAGAGCCAAGUAAUAAUUGCUUCUUAACAAGAGGUGACGGUGGCAUGGAUAUGUUUGGCAAUCAUAAUCAUUACUUAUUAUUGUUUCAAUGCAAAGAUCUUACUAACAAAGUUGAACAAAGGAUGGUUAUUCGAGCGGACAUUCCCGAAUACUUGUCUAAAGUAUUGAAAGAUAAUUCUGCCAAUGAAAAGAUUUAUAGGAUAGAAAAAAAGGUAGAUGAGAUAAUUGAGAUACUCAAACGUCAAGAGAA